AUGCAGCACAUUGCGAACCUUGCUGGGAACAAAACUCUAGUUUUGCCUGUGCCUGCAUUUAACGUCAUCAAUGGAGGAUCACAUGGUUUCACUGUCAACCUAAAUUUUACGAACCUUGUUGGGAACAGAACUCGGUACAGGCAGAUUGUCAAUUACUAUUUUAUUUCCCAUCUUGAAGAUUUCAUUCAUCUCAAUGCAUGUUAUCUUUUUCUCUCCGUAGGACAUGUUUCCAAGGGUGUAAAACCCAAAGGCAGGGGAGCUUCGAAGAAGGCUCCUGCUAGAAAGCAGAAAAUGCCAAUUGCUGUUGAUAGUGAAGAGGAAGAUGAUAAGGAGCUUGAGCUGAAAGAACAACUGGCAGCGUAUAACAUUGAUUCUCCUUCAGAUCAAACAGGUAUAUGAUCAUCCAUAUGUAGUAAGCUUUCGGAUCAAAGCGAAGCUAAGAAUAGGGUGUUAGUUGAUUGCAAAUUGAUAACCAGUAGAUGCACAUCCAUGGAGUUUUUGCUUGCGCUUGUUGAGAAGCUAUUUGGCUGCGAGAAGGCAUUGGAUCUUGUUGUUAAUGAGAACUUUAAAUAGACAUAUAACUAUUAUGUUG